ACAUUUACUAUCGUGGUUCUUGGACCUGGAACAUAAAAACUCCUCUGUGAGAAGCAAACACAUGGAUUUACUGAGAGAAAGCUCUGAAUCAGAGGAUUAAUUAAAGAGACAAGAGCCACAGCCUCAGCUGAAAGAAGGCCCAGCUGGACAAUAGCAAAGGAAAGAUAGAUGGAGGAGAAGAAGAGAGAAAGCACAGUGCUGAGUGUGGGGGGGGGGACCAAGCUGAGAGGCAACUGGAAACGGAGGAUUCCGGCAAACUCCAACAUCUGAGGCGUUUCUCAGGAAACAACAGCGCAACAAAGUUCACAGAGCUGAAGCGAACUUACUGGAAGCUCGUCGCUGCAUUGAGAAGAUGAAACUACAAUCAAAGGGGCACAAAGAACAGGUAACACUCACCUAGUGGGCAUAGGCUAACUAAUGGAGGAUCAGUUGACCUCAGCAGACAUGACGGGUACCGGAAGCAGUUCUGUUACCAUGGUAACAUACUCAAUGGAAAGGGAUCUGGAGCAGAGUGCAGGUUCAACCCAACAGUUUGACAGCUACCUGAGGAACAGGAUCAGAGAGGUAGUGAGGUCAGAGAGGAGCCUGCUGCUACAGCUCUAUCAGCUACCCUCUGCCUCUCACCUCACCAGCAUGCAACACUCCCAGAGACUGGACCAGAGACUACAUAUGCUCAGGGAGGAGGUCAGGACCAUGACCCAGGACAAGGAGCGAGGGGAGCAGGUUUGGAGGCACCGAUUGCAGCGCUGUCAGAGGCAGCUGAAGGCCAAAGAGGAGGAGAUGAGUCGCCAGUCCCAGUACUUCGAGAACUUUAAAACCCAACUCCAGCACAAGCUCAGCCUGGGCUGGGACAGAGAGCAGAUCCUACAGAACAGGAUCUACACUUUAGAAAAGCAGCUACUGGACAUGACUGUGAGUGCCGCCACUGGCAUCGCAACGAUCAGCGCUGUCCGAAUUACUGCUGGGACUGUAACACACUGGGAAGAACAAGAUAGGCUGCCUCCCAUGAGAGGAGAGGGUGAAGGAGAAGAGGAGAGAAAGGAGGAGAGGAGGAGGCAAUGGCAGCCAAGUGUGGGAUAUAAGAGGGAAGCAGGGCUAGAAGGUGAGAAAGAGAUACAAGGAGAACAAGUCAAAGAAACAAACUCAAACGAAGCCAGGCUGCAAGGCUUCAUCCUGAGCCUGCAGGAGGAUCUCAGGGUGCUGCUGGAGAGAGAGGAGGGUGGGAUGACAGAGCGGAGGGGACUGAUGGAGCAGCUCCAGGAGGCCCAUGAGAAACGCCACUUCCUGGACUGCAAGGUGGAAGAGAUGAAAGCAGAGGUGCAACAGCUGAAGCGGUCUGAAAACUCCUUGAUGGAGGAGGUUGAAGAGUUGAAAGAGGAGAACCACAGACUCCAGCAGAUGCCGAGGGAUCCAACGAACCAAACAACCAGUCAGUCAUUCACGGUGCCUGAGUCCACAUGCCUGAGUCCUGGGUCCAACACUUUGUCAUAUACCAUGGGACACUCCUCGGUGGGGAACGCUGAAGAGACACAUCUAACGUCGGACGAGGGAACAGGCCAGCCUCCUUCAUCUGCAGUUCCACCAAUUCACCACCAGGAGGAAGCAGAGAGACUGCAGAACAACACAGAGGAUGAGUCCUCAUCUGCCAAACCAGAAUCAACUCCACCUAAAAUCUUUUGCCGCCUUGGCUCCAAAACCAACCCCAGCCUUCAGUCACUCUCUUUGUUUACAGAGACACUAGAUGAGUUUAAACUGGGGACCUGGUGCUCCAGAGGGAUCAUAAACCUUGAGAAAAGCCCCAGUGAGGAAUCAGAUGCCCUGAGGGAAGCCUACAGGAGCUUGGGGUUGGAGGAGGAUCUCAAAACAAAUCAAAAACAACGUGACAGCUUGGAGGUCACCCUAGAGCACGCACAGGAGCAGCUGCAGAUGAUGGCUCAAGAAAAUACUCAACUGAAAUUACAACUCAGGAAAGAGGGACAAGAAUCGGAGGUGGAGCGGGGGUCUGCAAGAGGAAAGAUUAUACCACUACCUGCCAGUAACAGAGCUGAAGAUACCGCCAUUCUCCCUCUCACCCAGGAGGAUCUUGUCCAGGCCCUGAAUCAGAAGAACCGGGCCUUGGCGGACCGGAUCCACGAGCUUCUGGCCCACAUUGAGCUCAGAGAACAGGAAAUCGAGAGGGAGCUAACACAGCUGACGGAGCAUAUCUCCAAGCUAGAGGGAAACAGAGUCAGGCUGGAGCAUGAGAACCAAGAACAGGAGUGUUUGAUUACAGAACUCACCAAGAAGACUGAGGAUGAUCUCAAUACCAUCAUGGAGCUGCAGCAAAGGUUAGUGGAGAGUGAACAGCAUACGGAGGAAUCCAAGGUUGCCAAGGAACUGUGUGGAUCUCAAUUGCAAAGUGAAUAUACAGCUGCAAUAUCUGCAAGUUUUCAACAGAUCAACGCAGAAGAAUGUGUGGACAGUUUGGUGGAAAGUGUGCUCAAUGGAGAGAAACCACAGUUGAUGUCCAGUCAACAACUGGAUGAUUUGACUGCAGCUUCAGCACCUGGUUCUCAACAUGUUAAUCACUAUGAUCCUCCGCAGAACAGGCUGCAAAGCAGUCUGCACGUUAGUUCAUUGACUGAUCAAGUAGGCCAGCUCACCGAGUCGGUCCAGAGCCUCAAAACAGAAAAAGAGGAACUGUCACUUUGCAUAGAUGUUCUCGGAGAGCAGCAGACAGAAGUAGUUCUGUCGAUCCAGACACAAACGGAAGAGAAACAGCAGUUAACUCGAACAGUUUGGGGACUGAAGGAGGAGAAAGACAGCAUCUCUCAAUCUAUUGCUGGCCUCAAACAAGAGAGAGAGCAGCUUACCAGGACAGUCUGUGGGCUGAGGGAUGAGAGAGACCAGUUUCUAAGGUACAUCGGUGGUCUGAAAGAGGAGAAAGGGUCUUUAUCAGGUCUCAAAAGAGAAAAAGAGAAACUGAUAGAAUAUCUCUCAAGUGGAAAAGAAGAGAGAGAUCAAAUGAUGCAGUCGCUCCAAAGUUUACAGACGGAGAGUGACCAGUUAAGCCAGGCGGUGCUCUCUUUGAAAGAAGAAAGAGAGGAGCUCACCAAUUCCCUUAAGCAUCUGAAAGAGCAGAGAGACAAAGAACAAUCAUCUUUCACUUGCCAAGAAGACUGCGAUAAGUUAAUACAAUCAGUUUUGAGAGAAGAUAAAGAAAUAAUUGAACAUUCAAUCAGUUGUUUGAAACGGGAAGAAAAACAGAUCCAGCUAUUACUUCAGGGCCUGAGAGAGGAAACAAACAUCCUCCGAGCUGCUCUGCCCAGCCAAACACAAACAGAGGGGAGCAAUCAGAAGCCGCAUCUGCCGAAUCCAAAGUGUGCCGUUACGACAAAGAAGACUGAGAGCCUUGUUGGAGCAGGAGUUACACAAAGAUGUCAGGCUCAUGACCACAGGGGAAGCUCUGUGCAGCAGGAGCCAAGUGAUCUGAUGAGGGAGGUCGAAGCUUUGGGAGCAGAACUAAAGAGGUCAUGGGACGAACUGGACAAGAGCCAUGUAGAUACCAAAUGGCUUCGCAGUGAAUUGUGUCACUCAGAAGCCGCGAGGCAAGAGGCGGAGAGAAAGGCGGCUGAAGCGGAUGAAAAGUCAGUGAGGUUGACAGAUGAAGCAAAUAAAAUGGAAGAAACCAGAAAGGAAAAUGACAGCCUCAUAACCCAGGUGAAGGAGCUGCAGAGCAAAGUGACAGGUCUGGUCAGGGAGAAGACUAGCACUCUGUCGCUAAAGGCACAAACAGAGGAGCAUUACAACAUCCUUACAGCUCAGCUCAAAGCUAAGACGGUGGCUCUAGAGGAGCUCAACUUGGAGUAUAUUGCUCUGAAACGAGGGCAGGGCAGCAAGGAUGAUCUGAGCGUUGUUCUCAUCUCACUCAGGACACGUUAUAACGGCAUCAAAGCUAAGUAUGACGCACUGAAAAAGAGCAGCCAGAAUGAUCUGGAAAUAGCUCCUCUAAAGGCCAAGCUGUCUUGCCUAGUGGUGAAGUGUCAGGAGAGGAACAGCUUGUUGGUUCAGAUGAUGAAGGCCAUGCACAGACAUGGCCGUGUGGACUCCACACUCGCCCAUCAGGUGGAGCAGCUGCUCAGUGACGCUGCUCUGCAAGACUACACCGCAGCUUUCACACCAUGCAGCAACGUAAAGACCCGAGAUUACACCACCGGGUUUACAUCAGGAUUUAUUUCCAAAUUCCAAGACAACACCAGUGGAUUCCCAACUGAUCAGACGUGCUCUACUACUUCCCCACUUGUUAAGCAGCGACACCAACAUGGAUUUGCACCUGAAUCCGGAGCAAAAUGUAGAGAAGUAAAAAGUGAAAAACACACAUCUUUAGUCCCCACUGAAACAAAUUGUCAAGACUGCUGUCGUGAAGUCACACCUGCACCAACAGAAAGGCAAAAGGAAAAUUCACCUGUGCCAACCUCACCAGUGCAUGAGCAUGCCAGUGUCCAAGCAACACCGUCGCCUGUUGUUCCUGCACUCAAAGAUAGAUUCAUCUCCAAUAGAGCUCAGCUCUCGCCCUCUGCCAGCGGCCCAGAGAUAUUUGGAUCUCAUCACUCAGAUACAAAAGGGAAGUCCUCCCCAGAUCUGACCAGUUCGACUGGAUCCUCACCGAGUCAGACUCCUCCCUCUUCCAGCACACGUUGCAGUGCAAGCAGGAGGCUGAGUAGUCCUGAGAAGAUUAUUAACCUGCAUGAGCAACUGCAGAAGACUCUAAUGAGCAGCUGUCAGGCUCCUGUGAGCAGAGGCAGAGGACAGCAGCCGAGGAAAAGUCUCUCACUUUCAUCUUCUGCAGACCUGCGACCAGCCUCUCAGACAAAGAAGCAGAGCCUCAGCUCCAGUGUUCCACACAGCGACUCUCUCCCAGUCACCGCUGCUUCAGGCCAAGCUAAGCACACUCCAACAGUGACCACCACAAAAAAGUCAACAACACUUUUUAAUGCAGUUGCCUCUCGAUCCGCAACUAUUAAAUUGAUUCCCAACAUGUUUGCUAACUGUCACUUUAAAGCCGACCCUCCUAAAACGACAUUGUCUGCUCUAUCUAGCUCUUCUAACUUUCCUUUUGCCACAAUGGCACCGUGUAAAGCCAAAUCCAUCUCAAGUUGUGGCACGAAUGUAACAUCCCCGAAACUGGCAAAGAAAACCACCGCAAUCCCAGCUAAACACAGAGCUUCUACUCCUUUAACUCUGAGGACCACGAUCUUUGAGUCUGAUGUCUCUAUAUGUGCCGGCCCUAAUCCAAAACCCACUGCCUCAGACACAACCGCCCCCGAAGAUAUACGUUUUCACACGCCUUCUAAAGCGGACGGCGCUGCACCUGCUGAUGAUGGACUUGUAUUUGCUGCAUCCUGCACUCGACCUGCUCAUUGCUCUCCUGAGAGAUCCAACAAGUCUGGCAGAAAAUCCACUGCUGCUCUAGAAAAGGCCAAGACAGCAAUGCCCAAACCAGAAGCUCCAGCUGAGGUUGGAUCAGUUGAAGUAAUCAAAAAAGUGGGCCACAGCAGCCUCAUGAUUGGCUGGGAAAGGCCGCCGCUUGACGAGCUGGGCUGCAGUGACGGGUCAUUUGUGUACGGAUACCGGGUGUUUGUAGAUGGAGACUUCCACAAAUCUGUCAUGAGCUCAGCGUGCACCAAGUGUAUCCUGGAGAAUGUCGAUCUGAGUGCCCCAGUUAACAUCAGUGUCCAAACGCUGGGAUCUAAUGGUCUUAGUUCAAACUUAGUCCACACCUUGUACAGGACUUGAGUCAGACCAGACCACCACUGAGUCUCAGUGUGUGACUGACUGCAGCAAACACAAUGGUGGCUCUGUAGGAUUACUGCAACUUCUCAGUGGAACCCUUCACUGCCAGUGGCCGAAGUUUGAUAGUGCACAGCCAUCUACAGCUGCAGCUCUCCGAGGGGCCGUCCUGACCUCCACCUCAGCAGACAGCGAGGGAGACACCGCCACGCUGCUUGGAUACCAUCUAGUCAACCAAUCACAAAAGUUUCACGUUGUCUCACUUUACCAGCCUACGAAUACGUAUAAGUGACCUGUGGGCGGUCGCUAAACCUCAAAACGAUUAACUGAAGAUGUCAUACGAAAUAGACUCUUGCCUCUUCCCUGAGAGUUCCUCUGCAUGUAAAAGCAGGUGACUGAUCGCUGUUGGAAGAAGUUCCUGUUUCAUCGUUGCCACCCGGUGGAUUCACCUCUUGAAUGGCUUGGAUAUUGUGACUGCUGGGUGAAAGGCCGGAGCGGCUGCUAAUCAAACAAGUCCAGAUAGACUGAUAAAAAAAAAUUACAGACUUUAUGACGCCAAGAUUAAUCACAUUGUCAAAAGCUGCCUGUGACAUCAAUUUUUAUAAUACUGUUCCACCAAGAACAUAUUGGAGGGACGUCUUGCACAUUUUAACACUGUGUUAAACAUUAAGAGAUCACGUGACAUAUUGCUUCAUCGGAGAUCCAUGCUGCUGCCUCUCUUGACUCUGACAUGCUGGCUAAAGUGACACGUACUGUAUCAAAAGCCUUUUCUUUUGUGCAGCAUAACGUGCCGAUGCAACAUCUUACUUGAUUUUUUAAGCCAAAUAUGAGAGAGAAAAAAUUAUUCACUCCAAAGACUUAGCUGUUUGCUUCUCCUCACAGGUCUACUACAGGAUUACUCCAAACACACAAGUUAUUUAAGUUCGCAAACAUGCACACGGUCAUUGUUAUAUCUGAUAUCUGAAGAUGAAAUUAAGAAAAGAGAUUAUCACUGAUAUUUUGUUUUUUAAAAUAUUAUAUAAAUAUGCCAAUGUACCACAAACUAUAAGUCUUUUCGUAUGAGUGACACUUUGUUUUUAUACCGAAAUAGAUGUCAUGUUUGCACGUUUGUUUUGUUUUAUACAAUGUUCACAAUACACACAAUGUUCUUUUGCUAUUUAUUGUAUGUAUGUAUGUAUGUAUGUAUGGGUGUAUCAUGGUGCAGCAAAGGUAUUUUUCUAUCAGUAAUAGAACAUAUUGAUUCCCCGUUGAUUCCUUACGACUGAACAGAGAAUAAAUGUUUAUCUGAUAUUAACUGUCA